UCUUUGAAGAUUUUCUACUUCAGAGUAGCUACUGAUGGGCUGGUUGUACUACAGAGAGAACAAGCGGGGUUCCUCGGAGUGCGACCAACUGCUCCUGCCGAAGGCAAACGCUAGUGGGAAGGAUGUCACUCCAUGAGGCCACAGCACUAGCUCAUAAAAAUCCAGAGCAGGCGAUACCUACUUGCGGUAGUCUCUUCAUCCAAACAUGGAGACACAACAAGCAUAGUGAGGCUAGAAAUGCUGCUCCAGCUAAGCUUCUGCAGCUUGCACUGCCUGCUAAACAUGACUUGUCCCUUUUGUCCUGGCUCUGUGUAGAGAACCCACCGUCUUCCUAAGGAAAUGACCCCUGUGGAACCAGCCACCUUUGCUGCUGAACUGAUAUCCCGGUUGGAAAAGCUGAAGCAAGAGCAAGAAAUGAUGGAUAGUCUGGAGGAGAGGCUACAGCAAAUCAAAGAGGAAGAAGAGAAGGAGGGAUCAGAGCUACCUGCAAACACACAGACCAAUCGGGAGGCAGCAACCACUCAGCAUCAGCAGCACCCGCUCACUCUCCUGCCAUCCGGCAGCUACGAGGAGGACCCACAGGCGAUCCUGGAUGACCAUCUAUCGCGAGUGCUGAAGACUCCCGGCUGCCAGUCACCUGGCAUGGGACGGCACAGCCCCCGCUCCCACUCCCCGGACUGCCUCCCAGGGGGCAAGCCACAACCAAGCACGGCAUCGCCAGCUGCCUGCACCCUCAUCAGUAAGGGAUUUAUCACCAAGCAGACCACCAAGCACGUCCACCACCACUACAUCCACCACCACACCAUCCCCAAGACUAAAGAGCAGAUAGAAGCCGAGGCAGCACAGCGGGUCCAGUGCUUCUGUCCUGGGGGCAGCGACUCCAAAUGCUAUUCAAAAUGCAAGAGCCACUCAAAAGGGACGGAGCUUCUGCUGGAGCAGUUUGGCAAAACUGGCACGCUGACGAAGAGGAAUGGCAAAGGAACAGAUGGCGUCGCCCUGCCGACCGGGGAAGCAGGGCUAUCCGCAGUGCUCGGGCUCCAGCUACCUGGGGGCGAGGCGGAUCGGUCACAGAACGUCUGGCAGUGGAUGCUGGAGAGCGAGAGACAAAAUAAGCACAAGCCUCAUAG